AUGUACGGGAGGUACAAACGGAUAAAUGCAAUAAUCAGAGGGAGACGACCGCACGGCGGGAGGGGGAACACAAGGCACAAGGAGGGGCAGAUGCCAUCUUGUGCCUCAGAGAUGUCUCCCUGGACAGGUCCGGCAGCGGAUACCCCGAUCUCGGGCACCAGCGCCACAGGCCCGGCGGCCGCGCCGCCCCCCUCGCCCCGAGCGGGCUUUCCGCGGGGGGAACGGCGCCCACCCGGGGCUGCCCGGCGCCGGCGCUCCCCGCCCGGGCCCGGCACGGAGCCCAGCGAGCCCCCCUUCCCGCACUCACCUUGCGGAGGGGAGGGAAGGGCUGAGCCGCAGGCGCCGCCGCCCCUCCAGGUGUUCCAGCGCCGCUGGCGUCAGCGCGGCGAGCGGAGCCGCCUGUGCCGGCGUGGGCGCCCCCGCAGCGGGGCGGAGCCGCCGCCCGGCCCGGCCCGGCCCGGCCCCCGAGGCGGGAGGGCGCGGCCGGCAGGUCUCCGGAGCUUGGACCGGCAGCUUCCUCGCCUCGGUCACUGCCGGGGCGCGUUUCCUCCCGCUUCCCUGGCUGCGCUGGGAGGGAAGCGGCGGGAGAGUUACCGCAGGCUGGGGCCCUCCUUGGGCGCUGGUAACCCCCUGAGCCCCAGCCUGCUGGGGACCGCAGGUGCCCCGCGAGGAGCAUCAAGGAAAUAUUAA